GACGUGACGUAACAGGAAGCUGUUCUGAGGAGUCCGCCUAUCUGUGUUUGGUGGUUAGUCUCGGCCUAAUGCCCGGGAGGAUUCUGUCUUGGAAAGGAGGGAAGAGCAAAAGAAGAGGCGCCCGCAGGGAGCCAGGGGUGUUUCUCACCUGCCCGCGAAGGACCGCGGAGCUCCCGGUCAGGGGGCUGCAGCUUGGCUUCUGGCCAGCACAAGAGAGAGGUCUGGGACUUGGAGCAGCUGACUAACAGAAAGUCAAAUGUGCAGUAUGUUUACCCAGUAGUAAGUCCCAUGGAGUUCAGUGGGACUUCCUGUUUAUUCCAGGGAAACAGUUGAGGUGACAAAUUGGUGUCUGAAGUCAAUUCAGGAAUGGAUGAGGCUGAACAAGCUAAAACUGUAUCCAGAUAAGACGGAAGUGCUGAUGGUCAUGUGUUUCUGGUGAUCUGUGUCAGAAUGUACAACCUGUUCUGGAUGGGGUUUCACUCUCCCUGAAGGAGCAGGUAAUUAAGGCGUAUUGUAGCAUGGAUGCUAUUGCCAGCCACAGCUGUCAUCUUCUUCAGCAGCUCCGUGAGCAACGCAUUCAAGGUCUUCUCUGUGAUUGCAUGUUGGUGGUAAAAGGUGUUUGCUUCAAAGCACAUAAAAAUGUGCUAGCUGCUUUCAGCCAAUACUUUAGGACCCUGUUCCAAAAUGCUUCAGGUCAGAAGAAUGAUGUCUUGCACUUGGAUAUUAAAAAUGUAGGUGGCAUAGGCCAGAUCUUGGACUACAUGUACACGUCUCAUCUUGACCUCAACCAGGACAAUGUACAAACUUUAUUGGAUAUUGCACAGUGUCUGCAAGUGCAGAAUGUUUUAAAAAUGUGUCGCACUUUUUUAAAAUCCUCCACAGCUGUAGAGCAGCCAGCCAGCAUGCCUUGUAACAGUGCCUUCUUGCAAAAUACUUUGCCUGCAGAUACUAACUGUGAGAGUUAUGGUACUAAUUUACUACGUUCAUGUUCAUCAGCUGUGGAGCCAUGUAAAGUCUUGGAUAACCAUCAUUUACAUGGACCGCAGCCUCCUUCGCUUCACAUCUCAUCUGGUGAUAUAAACAAAGAGAAACAGGAUUCCAUGGAUGCUAAUUAUACAGAUCUUUCAUUUAAACAGCCAAAUUGUCACUACAAACUCCGUAACUUUUAUAGCAAACAGUUCUCCAAGCAAACCACUUGUCUCACUAAUAAGAGUUCACCAGAGCCAUCAUUUGAUUUCGGUCCCUCUGAAGAACAAAACACAAUUAAAAAUGCUUCACGUACCGUCAGUCACUCUGAAUGUGUUUUGGAAUCAUCUGAUCACUUGCCACCAAAGUUUAUGGUUCAACCCUUAAGUGAGUGUCCUGAGGGUCAAGAGUCAGAAGGCACAUCUUUACAGCCAAUCAGGCUUAAAAAAGCCAUACAUCUUAAAAAAUUGAAUUUCCUAAGGUCUCAAAAGUCUCCUGAACAAUCUUCUGCUCUUAAAAUUGUUGAUGGAGACAUUGCAAGGGAAACUGAGUUGGAAAGGCAAAGCAGCAUGAAAAGGACAAAUAUGGAUGCUAUUGAAGGAAAAGAAGUUAAGCAUUUCGUUAGUUCAGAAUGCUUGGAGCAAAAUGUUGAACAUGAGCCAUCUCAAGAACCCUCUGAGCCAGAUAGCCAGUUACAGACUUUCCUUACAGAGAGGCAAUAUCCUUGUGCAUUAUGUGGAAAAGCUUUUAAACAUCCAAGCAAUCUGGAGCUGCACAUAAGGUCUCAUACAGGUGAGAAGCCGUUUGAAUGUAACGUUUGUGGGAAAUGUUUUUCACAGGCAGGUAAUCUUCAGACUCAUUUGCGUCGGCAUUCUGGUGAAAAACCUUACAUCUGUGAAAUCUGUGGGAAAAGAUUUGCUGCAUCUGGAGAUGUCCAACGACACAUUAUUAUUCACACUGGAGAAAAACCACAUCUGUGUGAUAUUUGUGGUCGAGGAUUUAGUAACUUCAGUAAUUUAAAGGAACAUAAAAAGAACCACAGAGCAGAAAAAGUUUUCACCUGUGAUGAGUGUGGAAAAUCAUUUAACAUGCCAAGAAAGUUAGUAAAGCACAGGAUCAGACACACUGGAGAGAAACCAUACAGUUGCACAGCUUGUGGAAAAUGCUUUGUGGGGUCUGGUGACUUACGAAGACAUAUCCGGACUCAUACUGGGGAAAAACCAUAUAACUGUGAGACUUGUCAUAAAGGCUUUAGUCGUUCUGCUGUCUUACGUCGACACAAAAAGAUCCAUUGCAAAACUGGUAACAGAGAUCCAAAUACUCUAGAUGACUUUACCCAGGCAAUGGAAAUCUCUGAACUUGAAAAGUCUCAGAGUUCAGACUCAUUUACCCAAGAGAUAUCAGUAACUUUAUUACCAGUGUCAGUGAAGUUUCCCAUCCACCCAAGUGGAAAUUCUUCUAGUGAAUUUGACAGUCCUGGGGUAUCAUUCUGCAAGGUGCGACCCACAGUGCAACAGAAUGAUUGUACGAACCAACAGAAAGGGAAUUUGGAUUCUGUCAAAUUCUGUAAAUCUCAACAAAGACCUAAUCGACCAUGCUAUUAUAAAGGAGUGGAUUCACCACCUGAGGAAGAACCUCCACAGUCUGAAGGUAUCCCUAUAAGUCAGUCCUCCAUGACUAUGCUGGGCAGCAAUUGUAGUGGUGAACUGAGUAGCCGCGUGUCUUCUGCUGAAUACAGAAACAGUGAAGGGCCACUCUUCUCGAGUGUGACCCUCUGGGGUUUAGCUAUGAAGACAUUACAGAAUGAAAGUGAGUUGGGCCAGUGAAAAGUUGUGCUUCUACUUUGUCAACUUAUGAGGAGGCUGUACUUGAUAGAGAUACUGCUUUAAUAAAUAAUAAUAAAAAUAUUUAUUUAUUAGA